AUGGACGAAAAAGACCUAAAGGAAAGCUACAGACCGCCAUUACCACCACGGCCAUCCCGUACCCCGUCCACGCAGGCCCAGUCCCAGUCCCAAUCCCACCCCACUGAUGAAAAACACCUGUAUGAUUAUUCCGCCCACUCGCCUGUGCCGGGCCCGACGCAUACCACGCAGGAUGGGUUUCCUGGGUUCACGUAUGCGCAUUCACCGUUCGACCCGCCUCCGCUGCCGGCGUAUAGUGAGCAUCCGGAACCGCCUACGUUGAUUCGGAAUCAGAUUGAGGAUGGGCCCGGGGAGAGGAAGUUGCCGUGUGUUAUUCCGCGUAUGUUUUUUCUCCACAUUUAUCUACUAGACGGUACUGGAUGGGGUUGUUUGGUUAGGGUUGUUCCUUAA